AUGGGUGAUCAUGCUGCUAGUAUUAUGUCAUCUACUGUUUGUACUAGUCCAAUGUGUUCUAUUCAAAGUGAAAUUCGUUGUCGACAUUGUGAUGAAGUCUAUUGUUAUUUAUGUUUUAUGAGUCAUCGAAAAAAUAUUUUUGAUGAAAUGAUGGCUAUUCGAAAGCAAAUGAUAGAAGAUCGUCGACAAGGUGUGGCAGAAGUAACAAAAUUUAUUGAUAAACAAGCACAAGAUGCCAAAGAACAGGCAAAAGCCUUGGUUGACGAUGCUCUUGAACGUCUUAAAAAAGCAUCUGAAAAUAUUUACAAUUAUAUUGAUAAUCGUCGACAAGCAAAAUUAGCUCGUAUAGAAGAAUCACUACAUAUUUAUGAUAAUGAAAUAAAAAAUAUUGAUGAAUUUUUAGAUCAUAAACGGUUUUUAGGAGCUAGUAGAAUGUCUGUUUUGAGAAAAUUGUAUGGCUACAAUAUGUUUUAUGACAAUAUUCAUGAUGAAAAAAAUUCAUCAAAAUUGAUGGUACCUGUUGUAUCUCAACAACAACGAGAAAAUGAAAAAUUUUUUGGAAAUUAUCGUUAUUAUGAUGAAUUGAUUAAUUUAAGGGAAAAAUGGCCAUUUUUACAACGGGCAUUAACCACUGUAUAUUUUCCAGCUCGAAAAGAUAUCUCACUGGAUAAAAUAAUAACAUUUUUAGAAUACCGUCACGAUCGAGUGUUGGAAAAUUAUCGAGAACAUUUAAAUGAGACAAAGUCACUAUCAAAUUCAAUAACAACCGUCGAUGAUUUACUAUUGGGAUUAAGUUUUCUUCGAAUUAGAUCAAAACCAAUUGAACCACAUAAUUUUGAUUAUAUUCAAACAAAAACGAUUGACGAAGACAAAAAUGAAAUGGUUGAUGUUGAAACAACAAGUGUAACAAAAAAAAAUGGUGAAAAGAUAAAUGGAAGAUUGACGACAGAUAAACAUAGUGGAAAAAAAGAAGACAAUGAUUGGAUAAUUGAAAACUAUGAAGAAACAGCUAUUUAUUAA